CACAUAUGUGUUUGUGUGUGUGUUUCAUCUGAUCAACAUACUUGUCCUGAUGCAUUCGACAAAAAUUGACCUUCUUGAGCAUCAUGACAUCAAGUAAGUUAAUGCACAUAUGACAAGAGAAACACUGACCACAAGGCGCCUGUUUGAUUUCCGCCUUACCCAAGCGAGCAGUAGAUGGUGCUUCCUGUGCAAACCGCAGGUUAGUCACAUGAUCAAGCUUCCACGUUCAGCGCUUUGUUCCGCUUUACCUCUUCCAUGCAUCGGUAGGAAGUCGAUCGCUUACGCUUCAAAGUUAUUGAGGUGUAAACAAUGCUGAUGUCAAAAAUAUAGUUAAAAAAGAAGAACCAAGGAGGACGAAGACAGACGGACAAAGAUGGAAAUGCAGAGAGGGAAUCCUUCAUUGUUGGACAAGAGGCCGCAGGCAGUGGAGGCCAAUGGAGGAAGUCACCAGCCUUCGUCUCUUCCUGAACUUCGCUUGGUUUUACUAGGCCGCAAAGGUGCUGGGAAAAGCUCCGCUGGAAACACCAUCCUAGGCCUGGCGGGAGGGUUUGAGACAGGCAAACCGACCGAGGAGUGUGUGAAGAGGCGAGCCGACGUGGCAGGAAGGCGAGUUACGGUUGUGGAUACCCCAGGCUGGGAAUGGUACUAUUCAGUGAACGGGACUCCUGGUUGGGUGAGGAGAGAAGCGGCGGCGGAGCAUGUCCCUGUGUCCGCCAGGUCCCCACGCCGUGCUUCUAGUGGUGCGAUCCUGUGCCGGUGA